AUGACACUGGGGUCCCUGGUAAACAGCAGCAGUGCUUCAUCCACCUUUCUGCUGAGUGGCAUCCCUGGGCUGGAGCACAUGCAUACCUGGCUGUCCAUCCCAUUGUGCUUCAUGUACCUGGCUUCCAUCCUGGGCAACUGCACAAUCCUUUUCAUCAUUAAAACAGAGCCCUCACUCCAUGAGCCUAUGUACCUCUUCCUGUCCAUGUUGGCUCUGACCGACCUGGGUCUGUCCCUUUGUACCCUCCCUACAGUGCUGGGCAUCUUUUGGGUUGGGACACGUGAUAUUAGUCAUGAUGCCUGCUUUGCCCAGCUCUUUUUCAUUCAUUGCUUGUCCUUCCUGGAGUCCUCUGUGCUACUGUCCAUGGCCUUUGACCGCUUUGUGGCCAUUUGUCGUCCUUUGCAUUAUGCUUCCAUUCUCACCACCACAGUCAUUGGCAGGAUUGGCCUGGCAUCCCUAGGCCGGAGCAUAGCACUCAUUUUCCCAUUGCCUUUUAUGCUGAAAAGAUUCCAUUAUUGUGGUUCCCCAGUCCUCUCACAUUCCUAUUGUCUCCAUCAGGAAGUGAUGAAAUUGGCCUGUGCAGACAUAAAAGCCAACAGCCUGUAUGGCAUGUUUGUAAUUGUUUCCACAGUGGGUAUAGACUCACUGCUCAUUCUCUUCUCCUAUGCCCUGAUCCUACGAACUGUGCUGUCCAUUGCCUCCCGGGCUGAGAGACUCAAAGCUCUUAACACCUGUGUUUCCCACAUCUGUGCUGUGCUCCUCUUCUAUACACCCAUGAUUGGUUUGUCUGUCAUCCACCGCUUUGGGAAGCAGGCACCUCAUUUGGUUCAAGUGAUCAUGGGCUUUGUGUAUCUUUUAUUCCCUCCCCUGAUGAAUCCCAUCAUCUACAGCAUGAAGACCAAACAGAUACGAGAUCGUGUGACCCACGCCUUUUGUUACUAG